AUGACCUGCUCCUGCUGCAGCCCCUGUUGCCAGCCCAGCUGCUGCACGACCACCUGCUGCAAGCCAACCUGUGUGACCAGCUGCUGCGCCCCCUGCUGCCAGCCUUGCUGCCCCCCACCUUGCUGCGCCCCCUGCUGCAAGCCUUGCUGCCCCCCACCCUGCUGCACCCCCUGCUGCAAGCCUUGCUGCCCCCCACCUUGCUGCCCCCCAUCUUGUUGUCAAGUUACCUGCUGUAGGACCACCUGCUGCAGGCCGACUUGCGUGACCAGCUGCUGCCAGCCUUGCUGCUGCUGAUGCUUCCACCACAGACCCACUGCCAAGGCGGAGUGACCGCCACCUCAGAGCUGCCACUCCUGUGGCACUCUGUCCCCUUCCCUGCUGGUAUCAGACACACGCUCACCAGACUGAUGCUCAUCUUGCUCACAGAUACGACCUUGCUCACCAAGUUCAGCCUUCUUCACGAAUGUUCUCCCCUGAGUGGGGUGCUGGCCAGCCAUGUCUCGCCUGCAGCCGUGGCCUCAGCCUCCACACUCUA